AUGAUUGCAUACUCGUUAUUGUCGAUUCUCUCACUCGUCCCCGACCGCCCACGCGACCCUCAGAUGAAGUCCAAAGAAGCAGCUGUUGGGUGGUUACCGGUGACGGGUGAAGACGGUAGUCCCACCCUUAUUUACGAGGUCGACUAUAUCCUCGACCAACGCGGCUCAGGCGAAGAUACCCAAUAUCUUGUCAAAUGGCGCGGUGCUCCCGAGGAUCGUGCGACUUGGGAGCCUGCUGCCAACCUUACCAACUGCCCCGCCCUUUUUCGUGCGUGGCGACGUUAUCUGAGGCUCGCAAGGAAAGCUCAGCGGGGACUCCAGAACAUCGCCCCCGUCUCUGGUGACACCGCCUCAGCAUCGGCCUCAUCGCCGACGUUUCUCUCGCCGGGGGGGGAAGGAGUGGAGCGGCACCCUCCGGCAGCCGCACCACUCAUAGCAGAGGACAGCUUACAUCCAGCACUGAAGGAGUGCGAGCCAGCGGAACACAUAUCGCCGAGGAACUCGUCGGACUCUGAAGCGAAUAGUCUGGAUCGCAGGAAGUUUGCAGUCCGAGAGGCAGGAGACGAAGGAGUGGCAUCCGUGGACAAGCAAGUUAGUGGGGAAAAGAAAAAACUACAUUUAGGAAGAAAAGGGAAGGAAAAAGAGCCGGGAAAGACAGGGCAAGGAAAUUUCAAGAAGUAA